AUGGUGAGAGUAAAGUUUGGAAAAGAACAGUAUGAUGCUAUCAAAAAAUUCGAAGUUCAACAUCAUGGAGAUUUUUGGAAGCUGAUUAUGGAUAAAGUUGGUAAAUCUGAUGGUUUAUCUAUCCUGGAUGUUUCUGAAGAAGCAUGUCUUUUUGCUCUGACGUUGGCUGAAAACCAUCCAUCGAAUAAAUUGACCAUCAUGGCAUCUGCUGAGAAGCCGACGUUCACUUUCCCCGCCAACGUUGAGUACCACAAAGGAAACAUAAUGAGAAGUGCCGAAUCGAUUUCCCAGAUUCAACUUCCUAAUUCACAUGAUACAUUUCUUCAGCGUGGACCCUUUGAUCUGAUCAUCUUCAAUGAAAUCUCACACGACAUCAGUGACAUCGAUAAGCUGUUCAAAACUCUUAAAGGACUCCUCACAGAUGCCGGCACGAUAGUCCUCUUCUCUCGUCCCAAGAAUCCGCCACUUCCAGUUCCAGACGUUUGUCUGAUGCUCUGGAGAAAACUUGCAGCCACCAAGGAGGAGUUAAUGGCUUCAGCGAAUGCGGCACAAUUGAACACUACAUGCUUUUCUGCUGCUGUUCCAAUAUCAGUGGAUAAAGUUCAAUGGGAGAAUAUUCUGUAUUCUGGAUGCUUCCCAGCCAUCAAAAACACUCCAAAAUGUGAUGAGCGUACAAUUCGUGAUUUCUGUGUCGCCAAGUCUGGAAAAUUCGAAUACAUCAAGACAAUCCGGUUGCUACUUCAUUCUGAUUCUUCCCAUCGUCGGUUACACUGCUGGCGGUCCAUUAAUUUUAGCAAUGGGAAUCGACCGAUUCAUUGCUGUAAAGUUCUCGAAAGUGUUUUCCGUUCUAUUCUUGUCACCGUCAGUUUUGUUCUCCUGGGAUGGGCAACUACAACCAUCGCCAAUUCUGCCUCUUAUUCAGUCACCGAUAACUUAAAUACUGCUCAUCUGAUUCAGACCUAUGCUGGAAUUACAGUCAACUUCGCCGCCGCUUCCAAUGUUUUCGUAUUCUAUUCAAUAAAUACCGAAUAUCGUGAAGCUAUCAAUACACUUUUUGGAAAACAUAAGAAAUCUGGGAUCUCUCAUACGGAAACUUCGACGACUCAAGAUUUUGGAACCCAUAAUUCAAAGAGAUCCAAGUCAAUGUCUGUAUUGUCAAUGCCCAGAUUUUUCUCAUCUUCAAAAUUAAUUUCCUCAUCCAGAAGAAUGACACUGGUCUGA